AUGGACCGCACCCGUGGCCUCGACGAGAGGCCUAGCUCGGCCAUGUCCAAUACAUCAUCGACCAAAUCUGAGAAGGAGGACAUGUGGUCGUCAAUGCUGUCAUCUGUUGCUUCUUCUAAGAGACUGCCGCAUAAGUCCAUCCUAGUCUUAGGUAGAUAUCAUCUUUAUUCUCGACAAUUCAAUGGAUUGGGGCUCUGGAGCUGUGGGUGACUAAUGUAUCGUUGGAAACUUCUCAGGUGGAUCGGCGGAGGGGCAAAAGGAGUUUGUGGAGUCCUUGGGAGGAGCGGGGGGCAGCACUGGCGGGGGGAACCGUAAAGGGGAGAAGAGGCCGCCGAUAGCUAACGAGUUUGCUUUGGGCUAUACCUACCUUGAUGUUUUGGAUGCCGACCACGAAGGUUGCUCUUUCUUACCAAACCAUUCCCUACAUUCUCUAAUCAUCCCACCUGUGUAGAUGUUCUUGCUCGCCUAGGAGUGUAUCUGAUCUCCGAACCCACCCCAUCUUUCAUACCACUUCUCCGGCCCCUUUUCACUCCCGCAACGCUCCCUGAGACUUUGGUUGUCAUACUCCUCGAUUGGUCAAACCCCUGGGACUGGAUGAGAUCUAUUAAGACAUGGGUCCGGUUGCUCCGGGGGAUAUUCACCAGCCUGGAUGACGAUUGCCGAAGGACGCUGGAUGAGGUUACACAUGCAUGGGAAACCCGACGUAGUACCCAUACAGAUGCUGGAGGUGGUGAAGUAACCAUUCCACUGGGCCCGGGAGAAUUUGAUGAACCCCUUGGAUUGCCUCUUUGUGUUGUCUGUUAUAACGUAUGACCCACUUCCAUUCUUGCCCUAUAUAUAGCUCUUCGAUUCUUAUCUUUGGACAUGAUGUGAAGGCGGACAAGAUUGAAAUGUUAGAGAGGGAGCGAGGUUGGAAGGAGGAGGCGUUCGAUUUCGUUCUCCAAUUUCUAAGGACCGUGUUGCUGAAACGUAAGUAUCCCAUAUGCAAGCAUUUCCCGUUCUCACGAAGGGGAAACACAGCUAACAUUUCAAAGACGGAGCUUCCUUAAUUUACACGACUCCCUCUGCGCCAUCUCCGAUAAGACCAUUAAUAUUAUCCCUACUAUCAAUACCAUCAUCUUCACGAGUAUGCAGUCACUCCUCUAGCGAAGAACAUCACUAACACCAGAGUGCAGCAACAACCCCUGAAACAUAACGUGGUUGAUCGUGAUAAGGUCCUUGUGCCUCCUCAUUGGGAUUCCUGGGGGAAAAUUCGCGUCAUACGUGAAGGCUUUGACGUUGAAGGAAUAGGUUCCGGUUGGAGUAUUGAUAUUUCUCCGGGCUCAACUGAUCAGCCUGGCGUAGAGGAUGGGGCUAUGGAGAUUUAUGAGGAAGUCAUCAAGGACCCUAGACGCGGUGAUUCCAAGGGACUCAAUUUACUCAACAAAAGUGGAGGCAGUGGUGGGAUUGAAGUGUCUGCGGUCGAUACUCAGGUAUUCCUUGCUGGCCAAUUGGAACUGCUAGAGGCCAAAGCUGCAGAAGAGACGGCUACAAGAGGUGGAAAGGAAGACAAGUACAAUACAGCGAGCAGGGAGGAGGUUAUGGAACACGUAGGGCCGGUGCAGUUUAACGUUGGUGGAAUUCAAGUCGAUGCCGAGAAUAUGCUUGAAAGGUUAAAAGUAAGGAUCCCAAUCCCACACUUUUCCAUUCCCGACGUCCAUAAGAGGUUUCAGCUUGAGCCCAGUACCGCUCCGUAGCUAAUUUUUCUCGAUAAAGGAACGAGAGCAAACCAGGGCUUCCGAACAGGAACCGGUGCCACCGAAUCCGGCAAGUGGCGAAGGGAAGAGCCAAAACGAGGUAUUAAACGCAUUUUUCACCGCAUUGAUGAAGAAGAAGGGGGCAACAAAGGGAACUUCACCUGGAUCCUAG